ACAAGACAGAGCAUGUGUGAAGGAGCUGAGUUGGAAUUUGUUUUCCCCCAGUCCUUGAGAUAUGAAUCGCAGAAGGAACAUGAGUGUUUUAAGCCACUGAAUUAUUUUCUAAUUUUCAUUUUUCCCAGGAGAUAAGUCGCUCAAACCUGGUGCGCAAUGAGCGCGUCUGCAGGGACGGGAGUGUUUGUGCUCUCCUUGAUGUCCAUCCCCAGCUGCUAUUUAUUUAAUUCCCUUCUCUACAACAACAGCGUCAGUGCGGAAGCUUUCGUUUUCGCUGGGUUGGCGACAGUCUUCACCUUGGUCAUUUCCGCCCGUUUUAUGCUCAAGAAGAAAGUUCCAGUGGAUCCUCUUUUCUAUGUGUAUGCAGUGUAUGCAUUCCUCAGUGUGGUGAAUCUGAUCAUUGGGCUGGAGCAGGACAACAUCAUUGAUGGAUUUGUGACGUUUUAUCUCAGGGAGGCAAAUCCACAUAUUAAUACAGCACAUGGGCACAUGAUCUCCUACUGGGAUGGCUGUGUGCAUUAUCUCAUGUAUCUUCUCAUGAUUGCUGCGAUUACUUGGGGGGACAAUUACCGAGCCAUAGGACUAUACUGGGUGGGAUCUUUUCUCAUGCGUGCCAUAGUCUACAUUCUUGGGAAUGCUGUGGGGAAAUAUGGGACCCAAGUUAAUCCUCUCUUCCUCCUCCACAUGUUGUAUAUCUCUGUGUCUGUGUGGGCCUGCUUCCGCAUCUUCAGCCAGCCCUCCACACGGGACGUUCAGCUGACAAACAUCCAGGAGAAAGAAAGAAAGGGUUUACUCCACAGACCUCUGGACUUGCUGUUCAUCAUCUACCUCAUUCCUGCUUUUGCUUUCUGUGUCUUCAGGGGCCUGGUUGUUCUGGACUGUUCCAGCAAGUGGUGUCAAGGCUACACACAACAAUAUGAACCUUACCUGAAAGACCCUUCAGCCUAUUCUAAAAUACAGAUGCUGGUGAGCAUGCUGUACUCUGGACCAUACUACAUCAUUACGCUGUAUGGGUUGAUGGUCCCAGGAUGUGAGUGGAUGCCAGAUCUGACUCUUGUGCACUCAGGAGCUGUGGCACAGGCCCAGUUCACUCAUAUGGGUGCAUCACUUCACACACGGACACCGUUCUCCUACAGAGUGCCUGCUGGUGGCCAGUCUGUCUUCUUGCUGGUCAAUAUCCUGUACGCUCUGAUGCCUCAGGCUCUGUGCUACCGCUGCCGCACCAAGCCUGCCUUCUUUCUCAGGUCAACACCAGAGAAGAAGACUGACUGACAGGGCCAGGGAUGUCGAGAAUGCCUAAAUAAAAGGCUGAAGCAUUUGCAAAGCACUGCUCUGUAUUUGCAGCUAUUAACAGUUGCUAUUUUUGGCGAUGGAGCUUCAACCUUUCACCUUAAUUAGGGGUUAGUGGAGGCUUUGGAAACGAUAAAAUACUGCAGUUUCAAACAGAGUUUCUGUGAAUCAUUUUUAAAAAUGUGAACAUACAUUUGAAAAAUAAAAGUGUUUUGUGUAAAGCAACCACAGGGAGGCACACAUAGUUUCACAGUGCGGAUUGGUUUGUGCAUUCUAGACUUAUGAAUAGUAUUCAAACUACUUGACAAUACUUAUUGUUUUUAUAUUUUUGGUACACUUCUGGUUACAAAAAUGCUCCUCUUGUUAACACUAUGGUUUCAGUGCAGUGCCUUUUUGUUUGGCAAAUUAAGAAAUGUGUUUAGGUUUCCUUAUAGGCUUAUAUUAUUUAUAAGAUGGAUUGGUAUUAAGGACAUUUGUUACUGUCAUUUGAAAUGUACUUGUCACACUGAAAGAAUGUAUGAUAAGUUUUGAUGCAUUUCUCACAAAUUUUUUUUAACUUAUAAAGGGAUUUUAAUUGGUAUUGUUUGAUUCACGGGCAAAUAUAUUGGAGAUGUUCAUAUCAGGAAUAAACAAUGCAAUGGCAUUCAGAAAUGCUUUAAAUUUUACAUUUCCUAAGGUGUUUUCCUCCUCUGUUAAUGUUUUUUUGGGGGGAUUUUUUCCUUUUCCGAAGCAAGGGUUGAAAAGGUGGAAGUUGCUGUAUGUUGUACAGAUUGUAAAGCCUAAGGCAAGUUUUGGAUUUUUUGAUAUCGGGCUGUAUAAAUAAAUAAAAAUGACUUGA